AUGGCUCCCACCUCGAGGUCGGGCAUGGCCAUUGUGGUGCGGGACGACGGCAUGUCAUCUGGCGACAUCGCUGGAGCCGUUGUCGGCAGUGUCCUCGGAGGUAGCCUGCUGCUCAUAAUCCUGGGUUUUCUAUACUUCCGCCACCGACGGAUGACCAGGCAAGCCCAGGCAGAAGACCCUGAACCCAUACCCAAGGCCUCUUUCUCCCAGCACGGGACCCUAUUUCCCUGGCAAGCCAUUCCGCCUGGGCAGCAGCCCCCCACGCAGGACCACGGACGCCCGUUCUCUGUCAAGGAUGGCAGAGACGACCAGGCUUUCCCGGUCUACGGUGAAACCGCUGACCACCAACAAUCACCUACAUCACCUCGCGGAGACGACUGGAUGAAAGACAAUGAAGGCUUCUAUACACACCAAGCGUCCGGUUUGGAUUCGUUACCCCAGGAUAUCGACUUCUCUAUGCCCGCGCCAUCACGGCAACCCACUGGUCCCCUCGCUACUGAGCAUGGCACGAUUCUGCCUGUGGAUGAUGCUUCUACAGUGCCCCCAGCUGCCAACUCGAGCUACUAUGACACGAAUAUCUCCAUGGAAUCAAUUCAAAUCCAGACAUACACACCGCCCUCGCGGCAGAUGACUGAUCUGUACAAUGCUCAACGGCAGGCGGCAGAGGAGUACCGGAAGAGAAGCGGUUCCCUACCCAGGAGAAUAUGGAAUAGUAUCAAGAGGAAGAGAUCAACCCAAUCCUCCAGCCAAGGACCUGGAAACGCACAGUCUCCGACAUCACAGCAGUAUUUCCCUACAUCACCACUCGAGAGCCCGAUUAAUGUCAAGCAAGAGCCAGGCUCGGAAACGUCCAAGGGUAUAGACUGGCAAACCCAGGGCGCCACUAACCGAUUUUUUGAGGAACCCGAAGAAAUCGGCGAAGCUUCGGGGCAACCGAGUCUAUCGGAAGCCCAAAUGGGUAUGCUUGGAUCCGGGCCAAGACCAGAACAGCGGCAGCAGCCAAAGAGACAGAAACAGUCGGCAGGCGAUUCACGGUAUGGGGAUUUCCCAUUUCGUAUAGAUACAGAGAUUCGCGAGACAACUGAGAGAGAUGCCGAGCUUCCAUCGGCUGUUCUGAGGACAGAGGCCACCUCCGGGCUGCCUCCCGCGACUCAGCCCCACCCCCCGGACCAAGCCCACAGACGGCUCAAGAGCCCUGACAUUCCGGAGCCCAUGGAUAUAGAUACUCAGUCCGGUGCUCAUGACCAGUCUCCUUUCCGAGGAUCACAUUCCCCUCCUCUUGCACACGAGUCAUUCGUCAUGCCGAUGGCUGUCAUGAAACCUACCAACGCCGUUGAGCAGGCUGCCUUUACCGACUACCAGAUGGAGAACUCAGCAUCGCCGCCCCCCAUGGCGCACUCUCCUCCACAGAUCGUCACCAGGCAACCAACACAAGUGGGACAGGUUGACCUUCCGACGACCGAUGAGCAUGCCUUUGCCGACACAUAUCUCAACCUUCCUCCAGACGACGAUGAGCCUCGGCUCUCGAGUGAGUCGUAUGAAUAUUCAACCACACCAGGACAAAGCUCCACGGACCCCUCGAGUGGAAGAACGCCGGAUACCAGGAUCACGGCGUCCCCAUCUCCGUUUCCCACGGUGUUGGAACAUGUCAAGGUGGAACAGGAGCCGAGUGCUUCGCCAGAGUCAUCGAGACUAUCUCCCCAAUCUCCACCCAACUUGACAUGUGAAGAGUGCGGCCGGUCCUUCGAUCAAAUUCACAAGCUCAACCACCAUAAACGUUAUCAUGAUCGCAAGCACGAAUGUCCGCAUCAAGGUUGUGAUAAGAAAUUUGGCACCAAGACCCAUCUCGAUCGUCACAUCAAUGACAAGCAUGUCAAGUCGAAAGCAUACCACUGUACGGAGCCCACAUGUCCUUACUUCAAAGGCGGUAAAGCCUUCCCCAGGAAGGACAACUGGCGGCGGCAUAUGGUCAAGAAACAUGCAGCGGGGACGCAGCAAUUGCAGGAGCUGGAAGCUAUGGACGAGCCACACGGAUGA